CAGGCGGACAGAAAGGAUGUGUUUUUUCUUGUCUUCCUUCUUAGCUGUCUCCUUAUAACUCUUGCUUUGUCCUUCAUUUGGCUCUGCAACUGUGGGUGUUUGAAGAAUGCCAUGUUCUCUUUCCUUGAGGGCCACCUGUUGCAGCUUAUGUGUUAUUCAUGAAUACCAUGAAGCUUAUGGGGAUUUCAAGUAAUCAAGUAUGCUAUCUGCACAGAACUACUCGGGGCAUAAUAGGCAUUCUCGCAAUGAUGCUUCCACAAAGCACAAAAGUGGCUAUGAACCUUCAGACACAGAAACUGAGUGGCAUGAAAGCCCUUGGAAUGAUGGAGCAUUGACAUCAGAGAAGAAUCGUCUUCCUAAAGAUCGUGGUAGGAAUGACCAAGUUGGUACUAGGAGGCAAAACAUAUCUCCUAACCAGACAAGAGAUUAUCAUGCUGAGAAAACUUCAAACUUGAGAUACAGUCGUACUCCUCCAAGGGUCACAGAACAAAGGCGCCAUCCUUCUCCAUUUGCGGCUGUGAAGAAUGAAUCACGUAAGAAGAGCAGCCGGACGCCUCCCAGAUUCCGUUCUUCUAUGGAAAGCUUUAAUAGAUCAUCAAUUAAGGCAAGGUUUUCCCGCAAUCGUUCAAUUUCUACACCGAAACUACGGCCACAAGAGAAGGAACAUCCUGCUAGAGCUCCUGCAUUUCCUGGCAGUAACCCUGUCUCAACACAUCCAGAAAGAGAAGUUGCUGAUAAUAUAGAAGAAGAUUCACAUGCAGAAAAUUGUUCCCAGGAGAUCAAUGAGUUGAUUGCAAAUGGCAAGUUACCUAAUUCCAGAUAUAAUGAGUAUGCUUUUACGAGCACAGAGUCGGUACCUACAGGUGAUAUCUUCUUCUCCCGUGAUUGCAGGGCUCCACUUCAGAAAACAUCAACAAAGCAUACCAACAUUGACCAAUCAUUUACCUCUGACUCAAAUGCCCAUGCUAAGAAUGAUGGCACUGUUACUCAAAGUAAUUUGGGCCAGCCAUCACAAUUUGUUUCAGCUCGGACAGGUGUUUCACGCACAACUACAAAAUCCAAUUAUGCUACUGGUCGCCACUACCAGAUAAGCAGCACCACCACUUCGAGUAGCCCAUAUAGCAAUGGCAGAUUAAGUGGGGAGAGUGGAAAGUUUAGUGAAAUCACUGGGAAACUAGUUGGAGGCGUCAUGAAAUUAACAUCCACCAAGGUGCAAAAUGAUGCGUGGCUUCCAUGUAUGACAGGGAAGGCAUGUCGGAAAUCAAGAACAUCGAACAACAAAAAAAAUGAUGAAUCUGAAUCAAGUUUCAUUCAGAAGGCACUUGUCGUUGAGAAGAUUAGACUUUUGUGGGCUGAUAAAUAUUGUCCACGAAAUUUAAAUGGAUUUACUUGCCACAGGGAGCAAGUUCAGCAGCUUAAACAAUCGGUAUCCAUGGAAUUCUGCCCACAUAUUAUUUUCAAAGGACCUCCGGGAUCAGGAAAGAGAUCUUUGUGCAGAGCUGUCCUCACCGAAAUUUUUGGCGAUUCCUCUCUGAAUGUCUCUCAUUAUUUGAAGAGCUGCAAUGGCCAGGAGUCCGUAUCUAUGCCUAUUCUCGUCCCAGUUUCAUCCAGCAGUAACCAUGUGGAACUCCACAUGAGGUUUCAAUCCAAGAACGCUAGAUAUGCUUUGAUGACUCUAGCAAAUGAAAUGUCUGAUAAGUGUAAAAUCACUGAGCCAAUGGUGAGAAAGAGCUUUAAAGUAAUUGUUCUCUAUGAUGUUGAUAAAGUCAGCGAAAAUAACCAGCGUCUGAUAAAAUGGAUAAUCGAUUCCUCCUCUGAUGCAUGCAAGAUAAUAAUGACUUGCCAGGAUGAAUCUAAUCUCCUAGAUUCUAUAAAGAGUCGUUGCAAGAUUAUUUCAAUUGGCGUGCCCAGUACACGUGAGGUGGUAGAUAUCCUUACCUAUAUAUCAAAAAAAGAGAGUUUUGAUCUUCCUGCAAGUUUUGCUACUACCAUUGUAAAUCAAUCCAGGAAGAACUUGAGGGAGGCUAUAUUGGCUCUGGAGGCAUGUAAAGGCAACAAUUAUCCCUUCAUCGAUGGACAAGCUAUACCACUAGGAUGGGAGCAGGUUCUGGAGGAACUUGCAGCAGAAAUUUUGGAUGAUCCUGCUCCUAAAAGGUUAUUUCUUGCACGAGGCAAGCUCCAAAAGCUCUUGGUGGAAUUUGUACCUCCUAAACUAAUACUCCAGAAGCUCGUAGAACUCUUCCUGAAGGGAAUUCAUACUGGCGUGAAGAGGGAAGUCUAUUAUUGGCAUGCGUACUAUGAUAAGAGGUUGCCUGUCGGUGCAAGUGCUCUGCUUAAAUUGGAAGAAUUUGUUGCCAAGUUCAUGAGCAUCCACCGGAAAAGCCUGUCACAUGAGCCCAAGAUUCGUGAGGUGGCGCCGUGAGAAUUGGUAGAGCAUGUCCUCAUGCGGUUCGGCCGUGUAAAUCCCUGUGGUGUGGUUACUCUGUUUUAUAUAUUGACCUUAUGUGUCAACUUCAACUGUUAUAGUUCAUCUUUUUUUUUUUCGUUGUAUGGUACAUAUGCUGCUACUGGGUGUCCAGCCGAAUAAAUGUCUAUACGAGUGGGUACAUAUAUGCUGCUA